GCUGCCCCUCCCUGCGCCGAGCGGCCGGUCCGCUGCCGUGGCCAGCUGGUGGCCUGGGCCGCUGGUGGGCAGCGGCGCGGCGGCAGGCGCGCGCCGGCGAGCGCUCGGCAGUCAGUGUGAGCCCGCCGCGGCCGUGCCAUGCUCUGGUGCUGCUCCCCGUAGAGCGAGCAGGCGACGCGAGGCGAGGAGCACCAGCAGCGCCGGACAGCGCACGCCACGACGACAUGAGGCCAACCCUCGUCGCAGCCGCCCUGCCUCUCCUGCUGAUCACGUGCGUGGCACUAGUGGGGCCGAGCGCGGGCCUACCCGCCCGCGCUUCCUCGGGGCGGCCCCGCCCACGAGCAGACGACCUGAUCGCGGGGACCGACUUCCUGUCGGUGUUCAUCGGGUCGUCACUGCCGCGGACUCCCCAGAAGGUGGCCAAACCCAGGUUGCGGGACUCCACCACGGCGCCGGAGGACAUCGGCUUCGGUGCCCGCCUGGCGCCCAAGAGCUCCAGCACAACUUUGACCUCUUCCCGCGCCACCCCGACGCCCUUUAGCGCUACCACCGAGAGCCCACUCUCUGGCCCGUCCACCCGCCACCAAGAUUACAGCAGCACGUACGACAAACCACCGGCAGAAAGCGACGGCGAGACGUUCCAGUCUUCUACAGAACCCACCCAGCGGAUCGAGGAUUCCGCUUCCGAACUCCACUACAGGACUUACCCGCCACAGAACUCUCCCACGACGUCCGACGUCACCCUUCCUCCCGACAGCAGUAUAUCGGUAGUCACAGAUAUCGUCACAUCGAAACAGGAACUGAUAUCACUUACCGCCGGAGACCCUAAUGAUGGCGACCAACACGCCAGUGACGGCGUACUCUCUGCGUCGAGGAUCACCAGCUUCUAUGUGCAGCAUCAGGAUGAAAACACACGUGGCACUCAGCAUCGUAGCCCUCACCAAACCUCAACGAAUGGUGCAUACCACAGCAGUAGUCCGCACAAUUCUGUGCCAGACCCUAAUGUCCACUAUCAGUCGUCAACAGGUCGAGGUGCCGAGACAGGAAGCCUGUUUCACAGCAGUGUUGGUCCCAGUCCCAGCUAUCACACUGUAACGCUCCACGAGCAGCGUCAAGACCACAGUUACCAGGGACACAGUACUGCCUUUCCCCAGUCCACCUCCAAUUCGUGGUUCUCCUCCCAUCCCACUCAAGCUACUCAAAUAGUUGUUAACCACCCUGGACAGCCGACUUCUCGGCCCGAAAGUUCGACAGUACAACAAGUAAUCUCCGUCCGGGUCUCUUCGUCGGUUGUGCAGGGUCCCUCAUCACCGCCCAACACUGCACGAAGUAAACCGUUCGGUACAGCUCAACCGAGCGAUUCUCCAUUUCACCACAGCAGUGAAUCUUCCAGUCACGACAAUUUUGUCUCUAGUCGGACGGAAGAUGAUGGUGCGAGGCAGUACUCGCAGACGUCGUUGCCCGAUUCUGCACAGGCGUCUCAAGAACGAGCCGUGGAGGACCAGCAGCAGGUGGUUCCCACGUCACUCGUGACCGAGGACCAGCCGGCGGCGACGGCUGUACAGCGCAGCCAGUUCAGCGUCGAGGAGUCCUCCCCAUCGGAUAUCUCGGCGUUGCACGCGCAGCGAGACCACCACAACAGGCAGCACAACUACCACGACGAUGGCAGCGACCAGACGAUCGCCACAGUGGUAGAGGUGCCAGCGCCCGCCGUGGUCAACUACGAGUCACGCGUGUCGUCGCCCACAUCCAACAGCCGCGUCCAGUUCUACAGCGGGCCGCCGCCGAGCCAACCCGAGCCGGUGAGGCGCCACGGUUGGACUCCUCAGCGCGGUCGCAAGAGUUUCGGUCACCAAGGCCAACAGCAGCAGCAGCAGCAGCAGCAGCACCAUCAACAACAGCAGUCGCAGCAGCAGCAAGACCAGCAGUCGCCAGCUCACCACCAUCAGAGCCACUCUGAACCCUCAGAGCACAACUACGAGCAACCCGAACAGAACUAUGAGGUGGACGAGCAGCUGAGUGUAGUCACCAAUGGCCGUGCACACGGCAUCCAGCCCCAAGACGCGUCGCAAACCACUCAGCCCUCGACGGCCCCUGUGUCUGCGCCAGAAAAUCCGCAGGUGGACAGCGCAGGCAACAAGGCCGGCUAUGUGGUGGAGGGUCGCGGCUUCCGCAAGUACCGCGUCGAGGAACGAACCCCGGACGGCUUCAUCGUGGGCGAGUACGGCGUCGUCAACAGCGAGGGCGACCCCCUGAGGGCGGUGCGCUACACGGCCGACGGCACCGCCCCUACCAAGCUCAUCGACCAGGCGCUUAGCCACUUCCUCUCCCUCUGACGUCACUGCCCGCUCGACGCCUCACCCACCGCUACCUACCGACUCUGCGACUGAUCCACGAUGCGCAUGUGCCAGCAGUCAGCUCCCCGGACCUGCUGGUUGUGAUCUGUGUUUUUAGGUUCGAUAAGAAAGCCACUGUAAAAUUGUUGUCAAUACACGUUGCUAUUCUCAAAAGGAGUUUCAAUACAGAGAUUAAAAGACCAGUAGUCCUAUUUAAGUCAUAUGCAUGCUAAAGCAUAAAGGGCUGGAAAUACAUUCACAAGUGGGGAAAAUGACAUACACUAAUAUCUUUGUUACUAGGCUUACGUCACAACAAUAUACUGCAUGUAGCAGUCACAGUGUGCUACGAAACAGAAGCUCUGCAAUUCAGCUCACGCCGAAACAAGACGUCUCCUUUCCCCACUGCAGCUGAUCUCUUCACAAUAGAUAUAAAAUCAUCUUUAAGACGCAACAUAAUUUAGCCUAAGAGGCUAUGUCCCCAGGUAACGAAUUACCGUACCACAAAAUUUGAAACUAAAUAUAUAUCCCUCCGUUUUGUAUUCAAAACACGGACGCAGCAGUCGAAAGGAAAGAUAAGGCAAUGUGUCGUGGGAUGAUCAGAAUUCGAUAUAACAUUAUGCACGUCGCUCAACGGUCAAGAAAAGCAAAUGAAACAGCUGGGACGCUACGCUGCCGUUAACCUAGAAGGACUAACUGCCGGAUUUGUAGAGAUCACGCUGGAUUUGCGUUUUGCAUGUCAUAUAGCCUUCGUGUCGUUUACGUACGAGACGAGAUUCUAGUUCCUCCCCUCGGAGAUGCCAUACCGCCUUUGCAGCAUCGCUGCGGUUUCGAUGAAACAUUAACUACCUGGUUUAAAGAUUUCGUGCUUCCGUCACAAUUCUGAAGCGCAUAUUUUAUAAAUAUGCACUCGGUAUACUAAAUAACGUUUCAGACAUUUCCGAUGUUGAAUCUGUACGUAGUGUCGCCAAAGAUCUUAAGCGGCAACCGCUUGUAUCCGCUGCUUGUAUAAAAUGCGCUUUGCAUGUGCUACCUCUAGUAGAGUGACAGGAAACGCGGAUCCAGUGGUCAUCUCAUUUACUAGUGAGGCUGACGCAGUUGGGUCUGGGUCUUCGCAGAACUUGCAAAGUUUGUCUAAGCUGGCUCUCUUUGUCAUAGUGGCUAAAGAGCGAGGCUUCAGCUACAGUGCUGAGAAUUUGUUCGAAGAGGUUACUUUUUACUAACGCAAGUAUAAAUUUAAUUUAUCUUUCUUCGCUUUGAUACCGAAGAUAAACUUCCUAUUGCUUCCAUGUUACAGGACGGGCACAUAAACUGCCCUCAAAAAGUGUUUCAUGUACCUUAAGACAGCCAACCCACCUGGGGCGGAUGAUGUAAGGUUAGUUGCCUAGCUUAAGGUGCUUGAAAUAUUUUCCAGGUCACUUUUAUUUUGCCCACCUGUAGUUACAUCUUAAUGCAAUAUCUUUGCUGAGAAUCGUCAUUACGAGAUUCCAUGGUAUAUGCGUUAGUCUUGCUUGCUUUCUAUGUUUUUUGUCUUGCAGUCUUGUGUCAAUCUUUUGAUCUCCCAGUGCUUCUUACCCAGCGCCCUCAAAAAUAUUCCCAUUUCUGCGAUUUAGGUUCUAGUAGAUAAUGACAGAUUGUGAGUUACUUCUUAUUUCCGAGCCAAGAGCAUGCUUGAUGCAGUUCACACUCAUUUAUGACAAAAACUUCUUUGGUUUAAACAAACGCUCACAGUAUUCUAGUCACAACUUCUGAACAGAACUUUUGGCAGCUGCUCAACAAUAAGUACGUUCUUUCAAGUAUCAAACUCGCUUACUCUAAGUACACUAGGAAAAACCCUGGGAGGUUUCCCCAGUACAGUCAACCCUAACUGUUCCUCCGAUUAUUUCAUUUCAACUAGGUUCCCUUUUUAUAACGUCACUAAGUUAAUAUUAAAAAUAGUCCACAAUUUUUUUUUCGUUCAGGCACAAUUUUUUGCCAAUAACUUCUAAAGAAUAUGUGCAGUGCAGCACAGUCAUCCCAACGUCAGUUUUUCAUCACUAUGUAUCACUUAACAGUGUUUAUUCCGUCGCUAUUGACCUCAAUCUCUAUUAUCAUUAUUACUACAAAUCAGUUACAAGCCGUAUGCUUUCUUUGCUGCUGAUUUAACAACUUGUCUCUUUUUGCAAUAGCCAGUCCUACUAGCAAUUUUAAAAAAUUUCAGGUCUUUUCAACAUUUUCUGAAAUCUGAUUCUAGGCUAUUCUGGUAGUCUAAUUCUUCUGCUACAAUCUAUGAAUUUGUCUUCUUUCCAAUACAAUUAACAGUAUUACCUUUUAUCUUUGCUGCCGUGGCAAGUCCUUCAAAUAGCUAAUACAACUGUAAAUUUUUCGAGAUUCGCCCUCCUCUACGUUCACUGCUGCAAAACUAUUGUAUUUUCCUUUCAAGAUCCCAAUCAUUUAUUCGUUUUUUUUGUUAGAGUCAAGGCUUCAAUUGCAUAAUUUAAAAUGAUAAUUAAAAAAUAGUUGCAGAUUAAUAUUUCUAUUAUUUCUAGAGAUUUUUCUACUCUUUAGGACAUUUUUCAAGCUAGAACAAGCGUUAUUUGUGCUUAGUAAUCCAAUUUCAAUUUCAUCUUUGAUGUUACUUGUUCUAUUGAAGAAGGCUUCUAGAUAUUUAAAUUCGUUAACUUUUUCAAUAAUUUCAAUUUCGACUUUGAAAUUACUGUUAUCUUUGGGAGUACUUGUGAGCACAAUUUUUUUUCUGCUGACAUAUCACGAUGUUAAUGAUACACUACUAAAUCAAAAUUCCUAUUCUUCCUUCCAGUUUAGAAUUAUUUUCUCGGCAUCUCGUCUUUAACGUUGUACUUACGCAACAGGUUAUAAAUAAAUUCUGCUCGAAACAUACAACAGUCGAUAUCGCGGAAUGCUAUAUACCAUUUACUUGUUUUUCAAAAUAAUUUAUUGUGCUGUAUCUAUACAUUUUCCUACGCUGUUUCAUCAUUGUAUGAUCUUAGACGGUUAUACGUGUGGCGAGUUCGAGAGCCUGGCCGCGGAUUCGAUCCUAAGCAGCGUGGCGUCCCAGGUAGGCUAGCACAGCCUGCGCGAUGACUGCCCGUCCAGGAUCUGGGCACACCUGGACGGCUGGGCCGAAUUUGGGCCCUGGCAGCACUUGUCGCGUCGGCAAGGUGUGCACUGGUUUAGCUUUCCCCUCUAACUCUGACAUGGCACUAAUCUACGGAACAUGAAAUACCGCCGAACUCACCUCAUAGGCAGAUGUUAUUCUUCCACCUAAGAUACAGUUAACAGUUCUUGCAUACCAUUUGGCAGGUUGCACAUAUAAACAGUCAAACGCCUCAAGGUCGAUCAAUGUGUUUAACAAAUGUCGCUAUUCAAUUCACAGUGAUUCUAUGACUCUGUGGUGUAGAUAUCGUCUAAUCUACAUCAAAGGUGCUUGAAAGAGCGAACUAACGGUCGUAUACAAUAAAACCACAUUUCAACAAUAUCGCAACAAUGUGCCUAUAAUAUUAAUGACAAUACAAAAGCAAGAUUGCUAACAAACAUUGAUGUCUGUGAUAUAUAAACUCUGUAAUAUGAAAUGGACUUUGAACUGUGCUCAUAAGCUAGUCUGAGACCAGUGAUAAUACUUUUUCCUUUGUUUUUUGUUUCUUCAGACUUUUUUUGUAAUUUAGUUAUGAAAGUAUCGUUAUUCUUUAUUUCAGUUCCAAUACUAGUGCUUACAGAUCUUCUGGACAGUUAUCUCCGCUUUUAUUCUAUGGAAACUUGUUCCAAGUGACCAAAAACUGGAUCGGUGAGAAAGUGGAGGUCUUAACAAACGAUUUUGUAUCAUUGUUCGUCGACUAAUGCAUUGUGAUCGCCGAUGUCAGUACACCGUUCAUAGCUUCUUGCCAAUGUAAUUAAAAAUGUACCAUUAAAACUUAUACUGCAAAUAAACGUCUCGCUGUUUUUUAUAAUUA